CUCUCGCUGGCUCAGUACGGAUGUUCAGGAAGAGCGAUUCGCGAAUCCCUGUACCCCCUGUUCAAGGCCAGAAGAUUGUUUUUGGUGUUCUUUGUGUUUUCGCUGUGUGGCCUGGCGCUGGGAUGUGCAGCGGGAGCAAGAGGCAUCUUUGAUCCCCCAGCUUACAACAGUUUUGAGGACAGGCAGAUUGCAUAUGGAAUCACAGAGUUCUUGGCAUUACUUCUCCUGGGUCUGGCAUUAUCAAGAGUUGGAGUAAAAUGGGUACUAGUUUCUCUGAUGUCGUCUCUUUCUGUGGCCCUCCUGCUGACUCGCCUGCUGAAAGCUGUGGAUGUGGAAAGUUGUGGUGGCUAUGUUUUUUUCUCUUGCCUUGGCUAUGCCUCCCUUGUCCUUGCUCUCGUAUGGAUGGGUGUUGGCAUUAUCCGCCUAACACCCACUCACUCAAGGGGAGCAGUACUUGGAAUGACGUUCUCAUUGGCAACACUUGGAAAUGCUCUUCCAACAUUGGAUGUCAGUGGUACUUUUGCAUCAUGGGGACUAUACCUUGAUAAUGAGUAUACAGAAUUAGGGAUGUGGGCUAUUGUCACCUUUGUGGGUGGUCUACUGACCCUGUUGCUGCCAAAGACAUCAUAUUGCUUGCCUGAUACAAUCUCCCAUAUGACAUGUGAGCCAUCAAGCUAUGAGAAACCAGAAGAAGAGGAAGAAUUGCAAAAUACUCAACUCUGAGAAAGGAGAUUAAGAGCUAAUGUAGCACCUGUAAAGACUGCCUUAAGGUUCACUUUUCUUUUGAUCAGUUGACUAUCAUUUACUUACGUAUGAGACAGCAGGUGUUACAUCCCGGAUAAAGAGCAUUUGAUCAUCUUAUUUCAUUUUGUUAUGAUUCUGCUUUUCUGUCAGAAUAUUAGUAAGCAAAUGAAUAAGUCUUCUUAAAUGUUGUUAUUAGUGUGUAUUGGCUAUCAAAUACAGAAAAAUCAACAUUUA